CCCACCAUGGCUGGAGUCAUCACCAAGGAGGAAACCAACACCUUGGCCUUGACCUCACGUCCUCGACCUCUGGCUAUUAGCGGAGCCCUUCGGUGUGGAAAGCAAUGCCUUGAGGAUUUUAAGGGAAAGGGGUGACGCCGAUGCCGGCAUGCCUAAGUAGGAGCCGGCGCUAUAUAUACACGGCCGCUGGCCGGGCUGAGAAGCCGAAAAGCUUCCCCGACCCCACAGCCAUGUCCUGCAAGGCGCUCGCCGUCUGCCUCCUGGGGCUGCUGGCUCUCUCCUCCGCUUGCUACAUCCAGAACUGCCCCAUCGGGGGCAAACGCGCCGUCCUGGACAUGGACAUCAGGAAGUGCCUGCCCUGCGGUCCCAGGAACAAGGGCCACUGCUUCGGUCCCAACAUCUGCUGCGGAGAAGAGCUGGGUUGUUACAUCGGCACCUCCGAAGCGGCCCUUCUGGGAUAG